CAGCAGAACAAGCGCAUCCUCUACGUCGGCGGCCUCACGGAGGAGGUCACGGAGGAGAUCCUCCACGCGGCCUUCAUCCCCUUCGGCGAGCUCGUCGAGGUCAACAUCCCCAAGGACCACGCGUCGAAGACGUCCGACGGCAACCGCGGCUUCGCGUUCGUCGAGUUCGAGCUCGAGCCCGACGCCGACGAGGCGCGCUUCAACAUGGACGGCGCCGAGCUCUUCGGCCGCGUGCUCCGCGUCAACGUCGCC